UGGAAACUUGGAGUCUUAACCACUGGACCACCAGAGAAGUCCCUGUGGCAGUGUUUUGAGGUGAGGCUGAGCCUGUUUAGGUAAAAGUGCAGGUCUUCUUUUCCGAUGGAAGUAAACAGGGAAGAGCUGGAGUUAGACUUGAAACGACUGCCUAUUUAUUCUGGAGGCAAUGGGAGGUUCAGUUCUGAGGAGGGAGAUUUUUCUUACCGAGGUCUCAGCAGACUCUGUCAGGUUCCGGAGUAGGGGAAAUGUGUGGGAAGAUGGAUUGUGGAUUUUCAGGGGUGAGACUGUUCAUGGUUUUAUUUGUUUCUGUUAUACCAGGGCAGUGUGACCUUUGAGGAUGUGGCCGUGUACUUCUCCUGGAAGGAAUGGUGUCUUCUUGAUGAGGUUCAGAUACACCUGUACCUUGAUGUCAUGCUGGAGAACUUUGCACUUGUAUGCAUGCUGGGAUCUUAGUUCCACAACCAGGAAUCGAACCUGGGCCUAUGGCAGUGAAAGCACCACGUCCUAACCACUGGAAUUCCAGGGAAUUUCCUAUAAUGAUUUUCAAAUAUGAAACCACCCUUGCAAACGUUGUAUCAAUCCCACUUGGUAAUGAUUCUUGGCAUGAAGUCAAGGAUGAAGAGACACCUUCUGGACAGAACAUAAGUGUGGAAGGAGUGUCACAGAUCAGGAUCCCCAGGGCAGGUUCAUCUCCUGAGAAGGCUCAGCCCUGUAAGAUGUGCAUCCCAGUCUUGAGAGACAUUUUACACUUGGCUGAAGAGCAAGGAACAAAUAGAGCACAGAAAGCAUACACUUGUGGGGCAUGUGGGAAAAAAUUCUAUUUUACUGCAAACCUUCAACAGCACCAGAAGCAGCACAUUAGAGAGAAACCCUUCCCACAUGAUGUGGGGAGACCCGCAUUUUUGAAGAGGCACACAGUUCCUACUGGAGAAAAGCCUUAUGAAUGCAGUGAAUGUGGAAAAAUUCUUUGCAACAAGUCCAGUUUCCUUAAACAUAAGAGACUUCAUACUGGAGAAAGGCCUUAUGCGUGCAAUGACUGUGGGAAAUCCUUUAUGCAUAGGUGUUACCUUCUUAUACACCAGAGAGUUCACACAGGAGAAAGGCCUUAUGAGUGUUAUGAAUGUGGGAAAUCUUUUACUGCUCGAUCUGGCCUCCAAAAUCAUCAGAGAGUUCAUACUGGAGAAAGGCCUUAUGAGUGCAAUGAAUGUGGGAAAUCCUUUAUCCAAAAAUGUCACCUUCUUAUACACCAGAGAGUUCACACUGGAGAAAGGCCUUAUGAAUGUAAUGAAUGUGGGAAAACUUUUACUGCUCCGUCUGGCCUCCAGAAUCAUCAGAGAGUUCAUACUGGAGAAAGGCCUUAUGAAUGCAAAGAAUGUGGUAAAUCUUUUAUCCAAAGAUGCAGCUUUAUUCAACAUCAGAGACUUCACACUGGAGAAAGGCUUUAUGAGUGCAGUGAAUGUAGGAAAACCUUUAUCCAUAGAUGUCACCUUCUUAUACACCAGAGAGUUCACACAGGAGAAAGGCCUUAUGAGUGUUAUGAAUGUGGGAAAUCUUUUACUGCUCGGUCUGGCCUCCAAAAUCAUCAGAGAGUUCAUACUGGAGAAAGACCUUAUGUGUGCAGUGAAUGUGGGAAAUCCUUUAUCCAAAAAUGUCAGCUUCUUACGCAUCAGAGAGUUCACACUGGAGAAAGGCCUUAUGAGUGUAAUGAAUGUGGGAAAUCUUUUACUGCUAGGUCUGGCCUCCAAAAUCAUCAGAGAGUUCAUACUGGAGAAAGGCCUUAUGUGUGCAGUGAAUGUGGGAAAUCCUUUAUCCAUAGAUGUCACCUUCUUAUACACCAGAGAGUUCACACAGGAGAAAGGCCUUAUGAAUGUUAUGAAUGUGGGAAAUCUUUUGCUGCUCGGUCUGGCCUCCAAAAUCAUCAGAGAGUUCAUACUGGAGAAAGGCCUUAUGAGUGUAAUGAAUGUGGGAAAUCUUUUACUGCUCGGUCUGGCCUCCAAAAUCAUCAGAGAGUUCAUACUGGAGAAAGGCCUUAUGAGUGCAAUGAAUGUGAGAAAUCCUUUAUCCAUAGAUGUCACCUUCUUAUACACCAGAGAGUUCACACUGGAGAAAGGCCUUAUGAAUGUAAUGAAUGUGGGAAAUCUUUUACUGCCAUGUCUGGCCUCCGAAAUCAUCACAAAGUUCAUACUGGAGAAAGGCCUUAUGGAUGCAAGGAAUGUGGUAAAUCUUUUAUCCAAAGGUGCAGCUUCAUUCAACAUCAGAGAAUACACACUGGAGAAAGGCUUCAUGAGUGCAGUGAAUGUGGGAAGUCCUUUAUCCACAGAUGUCAUCUUCUUAUACAUCAGAGAGUUCACACAGGAGAAAGGCCUUAUGAGUGUUAUGAAUGUGGGAAAUCUUUUGCUGCUCGGUCUGGCCUCCAAAAUCAUCAGAGAGUUCAUACUGGAGAAAGACCUUAUGGGUGCAGUGAAUGUGGGAAAUCAUUUAUCCAAAAAUGUCACCUUCUUAUACACCAGAGAGUUCACACUGGGGAAAGGCCUUAUGAGUGUAAUGAAUGUGGGAAAUCUUUUACUGCUAGGUCUGUGCUCCAAAACCAUCAGAGAGUUCAUACUGGAGAAAGGCCUUAUGAGUGCAGUGAAUGUGGGAAAUCUUUUAGCCAAAGACAAAACCUCAGCACCCAUAGGAAAGUCCACACUGGAGAAAGGCAUUAUGGGUGCAAAGAAUGUGGUAAAGCUUUUAUCCAAAGGUGCAGCUUCAUUUAUCAUCAGAGAGUUCACUGUGGAGAAAAGGCCUUAUGAAUGCAGCUGGUGAGGAUGCCACUGGGGUUGGAGGAGUUUGAGGUGGUAACAGUGGGAGAAUCCAGUGUGGUCAUCAUGCAACAAAUGUACCACUUCCAGAGAGGAAACUCAGGGGGAGAGAGGGGUGUCAUCUGCUUGUGAACUCCCAGUAAUGGACAGGGAUUUGGGAUACAGUGCUAGGUUGACUGGUUCCAGGCAUGAGAAGUCUGGUCACAGUGAUCCUCUUUGACUCCAUACACAGCUUUUGGGACUUAAAGAACAGUGUCCAUUCUGACACCCUCUUGCCCCCCCUACCCCCACACCAAGUGGCCUGCUCAUAACAUCCCCCCCCCCCCAACUUCACACAUGACCAGACAG